AUCGUAGAACAGCUAUUCAACCAUGUGAAAAUGCAAAUGAAGCUGAAGUUUUUGAGACUAAAAGGGUCUCCAGAUUCAGUGACCUAUAUCAGCACAUGAAGACUGGGCGGGACAUAUCAAUGGUUGUUGUUGUAAUUGAUAAACUUCCAAGAGAAACCCAGUCGACUUCAAAUGGUGUCCGGUCUAUCAAGGAUUUCAUUGUGGUUGAUGAACUACUGAAACCAGUGCAAUUCACACUUUGGGAUGAGUUGGCGCUAACAAAGGGAGUUGAAAUCUUUGAGGAACUAACUCAAAAAAAGUAUCCUAUAGUGAGCCUAGAAGACAUUAAGGCUACCGACUUCAAAGG